CUAUUAGUAACACAAGAAAUGUUGAAAGUGAAAUCGAUGAUGAUUACGCUACUAUGCAGUUGCAACAAAUGUAUACCGAGGAAAAAAACGGAAUUGAGAAUGAUUAUAUUAUUGCUAUGCGAUUGCAAGAAAUGUAUAAUAAAGAAAGAACCAACAUUAACAAAGAAUAUGAAACUUUGACAUCUCGCAUGAAUAACAUUUCAUUUGAAAAUUAUGGAGAAACUCCUGAAAGAAUUCAAAACAAAUCUACCGAUAAAAAAUUUGGAGAAAGAGAGCCUUACAACAAAAAUUUUUUCCAAAGCAAUUCUAAUGAUUUUAAUAAUGAUGACUCUCCUCCUCCUUACCACCCUUCUCAAAAGGCUGCACGUAAUGAUCACGGACAUCCAUAUAUUCCGUCAUUUAAUAACAAUUAUUUUCAAGAACAUCCAUCUGUGCAUCAGAAAUAUCCGCAGCAAUUUCCACAGCAACAUUCGCAGCAAUUUCCACAUCAAUUUCCGCCACAGCAAUUUUCACCGUAUCAACAACAAACUACUCCUAAUUACGAAGAAAUGUUUUCUCAAUUCAUGAAGUUCAUGGAUACAUCUCAAAAUCAAAAUCAAAAAAAUAAUAUUCCAUCUGAUUAUGAUACAAAUAAUAAUCAAAAUCAGAAAAAUAGUAAUCAAUCUGAUUAUGAUACAUAUAAUACUAACUUUUCUCAAAAACCUAAUCGAAGUAAAACAAAUUGGUUUAAUCGAGAGUCGGGUGUCUUCAAAAUUCUAUUGUUGGGUGGAACUGGGGCUGGAAAGUCUACCAUUAUCAAUACGAUGACAAACUAUUUUUUAGGUGGUACUCUUGAUAAGCCAAAAAUUGUCAUUCCUACAAAAUUUUAUAAAGUUACUGAAAAUGAGUACCUCAAUAAACAUUCGGAAUCAAAAGUUGAUGAUGUAACCAAGAGUCAAACUACAAAAUGUCAUACCUAUACUUUCGCUCAUCCCGAUAAUCCUGCCAGUAAAUUUAUCCUCAUUGACACUCCUGGACUGAGCGACACAAGUGGCGUUAAGCAAGAUGAUAAGAAUAUUCAAGAGAUUAUAAAUACAGCAAUUUCUGUCGGUUCUUUAUCAGCUAUUGUGAUAAUUGCAAAUGGAACUGAAGCUAGAAUUACUCAAUCAAUCAAGAAUACAUUGAUUUUGUUGUCACAUAACCUUCCUGAUGAACUAUUAGGCAAUCUUUUACUUAUUUUAACAAAGUGCACAAAAAGCAGCGCUUCUUUCUCUGUAAAUGAUUUUUCAAAAGAAAUUGCAAGGCCAAAGGCUACCUUUCAUAUGGAUAAUCGAUUUUUCUGUACUGAUCCUGAAGUCUGGAAUGAUGAUAAUGAUGAACGUGUCGAUGUUGAGCAUAAUUGGAAAAGAUCUAUUAAUUCGAUUGAUAGAUUAUUAGUAACAAUUACUGAAUUAUCUUCUACUUCCACUAAAGCUUUUGAAAAUAUGAAAGAUUACAGAAAUAGAAUCAAAUCUGAAAUUGCUAAAGUGACUCAAGAUAUUGCAAAUAUCCAACAAGUUCAGGAUAGUCUUGAAGCUGCUCAGAAAGCAUUACAAAAAACUGGCAAUCAAAAGAAUUCUUAUUCUAACUAUACAAAAACCGAAACAGUUACUCUUGAUAAAAUGGUUGAUGCUGGCUAUCAUAGUACUAUUUGUGACAACCAUUAUAAAAAUAACAUAAUUUGUCAUGAAAGAUGUGGACUUGAGAUGGAAACAAGACUUGGAACUAAUAACCUCGUUCAUUGCUCUUGUAUGGGGUCAAAUGAUAUAUGUACGAAAUGUAACUGUGGGCCCAAAAGCCACUAUCACACCGAUAAAAAGAUGGUUAAGGAAACUAAAACACUAAAUAAAGUUCUUGAAGAUAUGAAAGCGCAAUAUGAUAUGGCUAGCCAACAAUAUCAAAAAUACAAUACUGAUGCAAACAAUUAUCAAUCGGCGCUUUUAAAACUCCAAGCUGCUGCUAAUGCUAAAUACGAACUCAUCCACAAGCUUUGUAAAGAUUUGAGUAAAAUUUGUUCUCGAUUUAACUUCGUUGAUGAACUUCAUGCGAAUAUUGAGAAUAUGAGGCAAGAUGCGAGAACAAUCCAAAAUACUAAUAUACGAAGGAAUGCUGAAGCAGAAAUCAAAAGACUUGAGAAAUUGGCUACAGAUUUGUCAUCCAAACGUUGA